UUUGCGAUUUACAGCAACAUCUAUUGUACAACAGGCGGGCCCGAAAAUGUUACGUACAUUCGCGCUUACGGCAAGAAUAUUUGCGAAAACCUCGUUUCCCGCCUCGCUCGGUGGACACCACCUGCAGCAACCGGCCUGCGGUGCCGCAUUAUGGAAACAGUACACGAAUCUUCCCCACAGCAAAGAGCUACCGGAGCAGAAAGCCGAUGGUAGCGAAACGGCCAAACCCAAUAGCAACACCACACCCGGGUUCGAUGCGGAGAAGCGUAGAAAAGUGCUCGAGCUAGAGAUAGAGGUGAUGCGGCAGGAGGGUAGAAAGGUGCCCUCCGUCUCCACCAUCAAGCCGGACCAGUGGGAACAUCUGUUAGGUUUAUCGUCCCGAAACCAGCGCCGUCAGUACUACCUUUACCUGUGGAACAUUGAAAUGGUUCGAUUGGGACAGAAGCUGAAAAAGGAGCGCAAGCAGGAAGAGAUCGCCAAGCGGCGGGAAGAGCUAAUGAAGGCGACGGCGGCAAACGAUCACAUCGUGUACGGGCUGUUUCACAACACAAUGUUCCUGCGGAUAUACGACUCGAAGAUGGAUCACUUUCACAACAACCGGCUCGUUCAAGCGAUGCAGUUCGGGUGCAAUCUGGUGAUCGAUUGCUCGUACGAUGAUUACAUGAACGAUAAGGAGAUGCGCAACACGGCGAAGCAGCUGAUGCUGUGCUUCGCGCUCAACCGGUCCCACGAGGAACCGUUCAACAUUCACCACUGCAAUGCAAACUAUGGCAAGACGACGAUGAAACAGCUCGAAAAGCAUCUGGUGCAGAUCCACCAGCCCGAGUUCCCGUUCAACGUUACCGAUCGGAGCUAUACGGAGCUUUUCCCCAAAGAGCGGCUGGUCUACCUGACGCCGCACUGCAAGAACGAUCUGACAGAGUUUAACCCAGACGAUGUGUACAUAAUCGGCGCGAUGGUGGACAAAUCCUCCCAGGAGGCCGUUUCGCUCGGCAAGGCCAAGAAGCUUGGUCUGCGGAUGGCACGGCUCCCGCUGGAUCGGUACUUUCAGUUUAAGAGCGGCAAAUCGCUCACCCUCGAUCAGAUGGUAGCGAUCAUGCUGGAGCUGAAAACGAGCAACAACUUCGAGAAAGCGUUCCAACACGUACCCCGCCGCAAGAUAACGACGGUGGAUGAGGCGGCAGCCAAAGAGCAGGAGAUGCGAGAGGUGGCGAAAUUCAAAUUUAACUUCAACAACAAACGGACGGGCGAUAAGCGAAACAAUAGUAAACAAAGUUCCCAGCCCAAGUUAGGGAAAGGUAGGUAUUAA